UCAGAGGGAAGGCUGUGCUUACCCAACAAACCCCACACCACUGUGGGAACACGGACAAGAGCGUGAAGAGACCACCGAGACUGUUUGCGUGAUACAUUUUGUAACCAAGACGAGCAGAAAAAAAAAGUUGGCUUUGAGUGUUGCUGAUGCUGCAUUUGGUUUUCGGAAACAGUCGGGGACGUGUGUGUGCUCAGUGAUCGGCUGCUAAGACAGAGAUACAUGUCGAGGAGACAUCGUCGCCCAGCUCUCAUCCUGACAGAAAUGAACCCAUCACCGGUGCGCUGCUCCUGCUGCUCCUGCUGCUCCUGCUCCUCCUGCUCCUCCGGCUGCUGACACUGUGCAGUUGUUGCCAUCAUCCGCUGAUCCACGCUGACUCUCCCUUUCAGUUUCUGCUCAGCAUCCAUAUUUGCAUCCCAGGGAGUGGCAACCACUAAUCCCCCCCUUUUCGCCUGGGAAGAAAAUCGAAAGUUCAGCGGCUUCAUCGGACGCGCUAUUUCCCCCCCACCCAGAAAGCUGAACAUGGAGAGUGACAGCUGCCACUCCCACAUCUAGUGCCUGAUCCAGACGCCUUCAUCACCCGGGGAGGAGCUCUCAGGUCCUGGCCGUCUUCCCCUGCCUCUCUAGAAUGAAUAUGCUGAAGUCCAGUGGACUGAAGAUCCCCGGCCGGGGGCCCAAACAUUCCAGCCCAGUGGGAAGGAGCUCAGCGGGCGGGACGUCCAGCCCUGUGGUCCCUAAAGACAACUGUCCACUGAAGCCCACCACACCGACUAAACUAACCGAAGAGGGCGACGAUGUUUUGGGGGACUACACGGUGGGCGAGCAGGUCUGGGUCAACGGGGUCAAACCAGGAGUCAUCGCCUACCUCGGGGAGACCCAGUUCGCCCCGGGACAGUGGGCCGGCGUGAUCCUGAACGACCUAGUUGGCAAGAACGACGGAUCAGUGGGCGGCGUGCGCUACUUCGAGUGCCAGCCGCUGCAGGGCAUCUUCACGCGGCCCUCCAAACUCAACCGACAGCCGGUCGGGGAGGGGAGCGACAGCCUCUCCACUGAGUCGCUCUCUGCUCUGAAUCUGUCUCAUCUGGGCGGCGGCCCCCAGAGGGUGGUGGUACCGCUCAGAGAGGGGCUGCUUAACAGUGCAGUGAAGACCGGAAACGAGUCCGGGUCCAACAUGUCCGACAGCGGCUCUGUGAAGAAAGGAGGGGAUAAGGAUUUACGAAUCGGAGAUCGAGUUUUGGUGGGCGGCUCUAAGAUGGGAGUCAUACGCUACAUCGGGGAGACAGACUUUGCCAAGGGGGAGUGGUGUGGGGUCGAGCUGGACGAGCCCCUGGGGAAGAACGACGGAGCAGUAGCUGGUACAAGAUAUUUUCAGUGUCUUCAGAAGUUCGGCCUGUUCGCUCCGAUCCACAAAGUGAUCCGCAUCGGCUUCCCGUCCACCAGCCCGGCCAAGGCCAAGAAGAGCAAGCGGAUGGCCAUGGGGGUCUCCUCUCUGGCCCACAGCCCCAGCAGCUCCUCCAUCAGCUCCGUCAGCUCGGUGGCCUCCUCCGUGGGCGGACGGCCGAGCCGGACCGGACUGCUGACGGAGACGUCGUCGCGUUACGCCCGUAAGAUCUCGGGCACCACGGCCCUGCAGGAGGCGCUGAAGGAGAAGCAGCAGCACAUCGAGCAGCUGCUGGCCGAGAGGGACCUGGAGCGAGCCGAGAUGGCCAAAGCGACGAGCCGCAUCAGUGAGGUGGAGAAGGAGCUGAGCAUCUUCAAGGCGCAGCACAUGCAGUACCUGACGGAGAAUGAAAGCACCCUGCAGCAGGUCAAAGCCAUGCUGGCCUCCACACAGAAAGACAAACUGGAGCUGGCCAAUCAGCUGGAGGAAGAAAAAAGGAAAGUGGAGGAUCUCCAGUUCAGAGUGGAGGAGGAAUCCAUCACCAAAGGAGACCUGGAGGGAAGAUGCUCUCAUGAUGCAGCAUCCUUGAGGUUGGGUAAGAGAACCAAGCAAACCACGGUUGAGGAGCAGAGUCGUAUCGUGCAGCUGGAGGAGGAGCUCGGCCUGCGGCGGGCCGAGAUCGAGAACCUGCAGACCAAACUGAGAGGAGCCGACGCAAACUCGACAAACGGCGGUGAACUCGGCCCGGGGUCGGACGCCCAGCCGGAGACCCUCCACCAGCUGGCGUCGGAGAGCAGCGAGCUCAAAGAGAAGUAUGAGACGGCGGCGGCGGCAGCAGCGAGCCGGCAGGAGGUAGAGGCGCUGAAGGCGGUGGUGGAGAAUAAGAACCAGGAGCUCAGUGAGAUGAAGCUGAAAGUCCAACAGGCCACCAAAGAGAACAUGGACAUGAUGGACACCUGGAAGGCUAAAUUUGACACUUUGGUGAGCGACCACCAGCGCUCCCUGGAGGAGCUGAAGGCCACGCUGAGCAGCGACCGUGCUGCUCCAGAAGGUCAGGAGCAGGACGCCCAGGAGCUGAGGACCGCUCUGGAGAGCCUGAAGAUGGAGCACCAGCUGGAGGUGGAGAACCUCAAGGCCAAGCACAAGAUCGAAGCCGCCAUUCUCACCAAGGAGCGCGAAGACUUCUGCUCUCGACUGCAGGACGCCAAAGAGCAGCUGGCAGAGGGGAACCAGGCGUCGAGGGCCGAGCAGGAGGCCAAAGGCGGCAAACAGGCGCUGGACGUGGCCACGGAUAAGCUGCAGAAGGCGGAGCAGAGGCUGGGGGAGAUGGAGAAGCGUCAGCUGGAGCGGGACAGGAGCACAGAGGAGCUGAGAGAGAGGCUGGAGCUGUCGGAGAAGAAGAUGAAGGACUACCAGGCUCUGCAGAAAGCUCAAGCCGAGAGCCGGGAGGAGAUCCAGAAACUGGAGGAGAAGCUGAGGGUGACGGCCAACCAGCUCCAGGCCAUCCAGGCCGACCGCUACACGUCCAACGAUGCAAAUGUGAUUGAAGAUAAUGAAAUAUCAGACGAGAAGAUGAAGCUAAAACAAAACAUCGAAGAAACGAUGGAGAAGUUGUUGAAAAGAGAAAAAGAAGUCUCCACUCUCACGUCCCAAGUCGAAGGCCUCAAAUCCCAGAUCGGAGCGCUGGAGAGCAAAGUCCGCUCGGGGGAAAAGAAAUCCGAGGCGCUGGCCCGGGAGAAUCUGCGCGUGGAGGCAGAGCUGGAGUCUAUGACCAAGAAGUCCCAUGAUGCAUCUGGGCAGCUGGUCCACAUCAGCCAGGAGCUGCUGAAGAAAGAGAGGAGUCUGAACGAGCUGCGAGUUUUACUCCUGGAAUCACAUCGUCACUCCCGAGACAUGGAGAAAGAUCUGACCCGAGAGGUGCACAAGGCCGAGUGGAAGGUCAAAGAGCAGAAACUUCAGGACGACAUCAAGACCCUGCGUGACAAACUGCUGCUCCUGGGUCGUGAACGGUCCUCCCCAGACCACCGGCGGUACUCCAUGCUCGACCCCUCUGCCCUGGACUCGGAGGUGAGCCGCCUCCGCCAGCGGCUGCUCAACACCGAGGACGCCCUGAGGAACGCGCUGGAACACAACCAGCAGGUCGACCAGCUGGUGCUGGCAAUGCGCAAGCAUCCGGAGAAAAGCCCGGCGCACGGUGCCAAUUCAGCCAAUGGGAUUCAUCAUCAGGAGGCGGACAGCACUCGAGAUGUUGGGUCAACACUGAUAUGAGCAGAAGAGACGAGAAUAAACCGGGACACGCAGAGACUCUCACCACGACGUUUCUCCUGAUUCUGAUGCAAAACGGACAACCUGAAGAAAAAAAUUCCCGUUUACAUUUAAAAAACCAAAACAGCGACAUCUCUAUCCUGAGUGAAUUUAUGUGUUGUUGCAGAACGCUUUCUAUUAGCCAAUCAUGAAGACCGCUUAAAGUACUAUACAAAUACAAACAAGGACAUGGACAUGAAGAUUUAUUAUCGGUACAGCUCCUGCAGAGAAAAACAAAAUGGCGACUUGUGAUGCUUUACACUAGUUAGAAAGACCAAGCUGCUGGGAACUCUUGAGACAAUUCUGAAAUUUGGAUCUGAAGACUAAACACGACCGAUGGACAACGAGCUGGAGAAACUGGGUCUUUUCUCGUCUUUGUUUUUAUUUAUUACUUUUUUUUUUUUUUUUGCUCCUCAGCUUUUGUAACGAUACUUUAUGGAUGAGCUGUGUCGGCCUGUGAUACUCUGAGCAACUCUUUGAGGAUGAUACUGACGAGUUUUUUAACGGGGGGUUUGUCUCAUUGGUCACCUUUAAUAACACCUGAUCAGAGAAUUAGUGAUGAAGCCUUUAAGGCCCUGACACACCAAGGAGGUCGUCGGUGCGGUUGGUGAGAGGGAUCUCUCUGAUUGGCUGUUGGGAGGUUUCAUUUCUCUCCAGCUCUCCUCUCAGGUUCUCUAAAGCCCCUUGAG